AUGAUAUUAAUGAGGAUAUGCCUCGUAUCAUUGAUAAUAAUAAACGUAGACGGUUUACAAACGCCCAAAUCAACGAUGACGCGUACAGAACUAAAAGUAUCUCGAAGUUUAGAUCCGAAAUCAACGGAAACAUUAAACGUAGUCACUAGAGAAGGUGGUAUAGCCCAAUUGAUCAUAAAACGGAGAGAUUCUAAAAUAAAUCAACAAGAAACUUAUAAAAGUAAUUUUCCGAAAAAGAUAGUAACCAAUUGGAUACCGAUAUCGUCGUAUUAUUACAAUCCAGACGUAUCGAAUACGAAGAACGUAUUCGUCAGCGACAGAAUUCCCAACGUACCGAAUCCGGUCGUGAUUCGGUCCGAAGAAGUUUUCAUCGAACCGAACAAAAAUCGGAAGCGAUCCAGAUCGAUCGACGACGUCGACGACGACGACGACGACGACGACGACGGUGGUAUUCCCGUGAUACGAGGAGUGCGAAUUCCUGACGAUCCGAACGAUAAAACAACCUGGAGGAACGCCCGAGUUAUAAACAACAAAUUAAUACCGUACGAAGAGGGUUACAAACCGCCGAAAGCGAUCGCGAUCGGCGAAUUGAUUUACCCGAACAAAGAUCGAAAAAUAAUCGAUAAAUCGAUCGAUAAAUCGAUCGGUCCGUUUACUAGAGAAGACAAUUUCAAACGAACUGACAACGAGGGGGGUUCCUUCGGACCUUUUACUGUUAAAGAUAACGACGAUUUCGACGAAUUGGAUAAAGAAAAAAAUAAAUCUUUCAUUAAAUUCAGUUCCGGCGAACGUUUAACGACGCCGAAUGACGAUUUGGUCGAUUAUAUUAAAGAAAUUAAUUCGAGGGAAUCGUUUAAGAAUUAUUAUACUUCUAGACAGUACAGAUCGAAACAAUUAAACGAUAAUCAACAAUUCCAGAGGAGGAUGUUGCAAUAUCCCGGUAAUAACGUUUUUUUUUCUUUUUUUUUUUUUAAUGUUUAUAUUUAUGAUUUAAUAUUUGCAGCGGUGGAUAUUUCGUAUCCGAAUUCUCGUUUGUACGGUCCUCGACCGACGAAAUUGAGUCCUGUCAAUUUCAAUGAUGGCGUUAGGGCUCCGGUACUCCAAUACGCGCAUCCCGAAUUAGGCGUUCAACCCGCUAAACCGACCACCGACGAUGAAUACGACGAUCAUUCCAAAGAAAGAAAUACGCAGUCGAGACUUUCGCAAUAUUAUAAAAAUCCGAGUAGUUUGGGAUAUCACAAUCAUAGGAAAGAUGUUUUGAAUUAUCCGUACAACACGUAUUAUAUCGAAACGAAAACCGAACAACCGUUUUGGGUUAAAAUAACCGAAAGUAUUAGAAAUAAAGUACAAAACGGGUUUAAUCAGAUGCAACAAUUGACGAAACCGGUUUUCGAUCCCCUCGUAGAAGCCACGCACAAAAUAUCUCAUAAUCUCGGGUUUUCUAAUCAGCAUAGGUACGCGCAGGAUAAAAUUGGGGUUUUGGCACCUGUAGGAUCGUCGGUUAUUCUACCUGCGUUGGGGUUGGUAGCUGGAGGAGCGGCUCUAGGUUUAGGAGCGGCGGCUGUGGGUCGUUUUUUUACUCCAAUCAACUUACAAAGAGGAAAUUCCGUUUGGUUGAUGGACGAGGAACCGGAAGAUCAUAAAAUAAUCAAAAGAGCCAUAGAAAACGAUUAUUAUUUGCAAGAUUUAACGAAUAAUUUGAAAAAACGCGCCGAAUUAUCAACACCGAACAUUUGGGCCGAUACUCCUUGUUCUAAAAAAGUUUUCUGCGAAGUUUUGUUACAACAACAUCCCGACGAGGCGAUUUUCAUGGAAAAAAAGAUGGAACGUCUAAUUUCCACAUUGCAUCCGGAUAUUUCCGCGCAAGCUUCGGAACAUCUUCGGGAGGUGAUGGAAGCCGUAAAAUUCCGAAAAUGUUCGCAAUAUACUUGUAGACUGCCCGUGGUAUUAUCUACAGAAUCUCUCUGAUCGAUUUGAUAAUUUUUAGUAUUAAUUCGAUAAAUUUCGAUCUUGGUAUUUCUUUGACGAAGAAAAUAUCGAUGAUUACAAAGUAGUUUCUUGUGAAACACUAUUUAUAUGUAGUUUUAUAUGAAAAAUUUGUAAGUCUGGCAACAUCUAUAAUUAUUUCGAAUCAAUUUUAACGUAUUUCGAUUAUAAAAUUAAAUUAAAA